UCCAUGUCCAGAAAACAUUAACUCAAACCUCAAACAAAGCCUCUAGCUCCUAUACCCUUGUUACCUUCAAUUCUUUCUCUUCUUUAAUUUCUUGCUAAAACUCCUAACUAGUGAUAUUCCUCUAUACUUUCCAUUAAUUUCUCAAUGGAUAAGUCCCGUAAAGUUCCUUCCUUCAGCUGUGAAUUGAGAAUUAUACAAGCCCAAAACGUUGAUUCCAUCAAAUCCACCAAAAACCUAUUUGCUAGGUUAUAUCUUCCCUCAGGAAACAACAAAAGAAUUCAACUCAACACCAAGAAAGUUUCCUCCAACACCAAACAUGUUCCCUUUUGGAACGAGUCCUUCAGCCUAGAGUGUUCAUGCCCCCAAGAAUUCUUGGAAAGCCUCAAGAAGGAAAGCCUAGUGUUGGAGCUAAGGCAAAGCAAGAUGUGGGGGUCAUCACAUGUGGUGGGGAGGGGUGAGAUUCCAUGGAAGGCAAUUCUUGAAUCACCAAACAUGGAGUUCAAAGAGUGGGUGAAGAUGAUAGAUUUGGUGAGUGGAAUUAGUACUAGUGAUUGUUGUGAAGAUGAUGCUACUUUAAGGGCACCACAAGUGCAAGUGGAGAUAAAAAUAAGAGUGGAGAAAGACAAUAAUAGGAGAAGGAGGUUGAUCAAGGAUAAUUGGGAUAAGUGUGGGUGCAAACAUGGACAUGAUCAACAUGCAUGGUGCAGUGUCGAUGAUUAUGAUAUAUUUGCUUUGGGGGCAGUUUUGGAAGCUUUUUGAUUUACACAAGAGCAAGCAAUUUGAUCGAUGCACUAACCUUAGUUAGUUAAUUAAUUGUAUGUUUGGAUUAUAUGAUUUCAUUUGAUCAGUAUUGCUUAAUUUUGUCUGUUUUCCUUUUCCACUCUGAAAUAUGUUACUUUGUGAGUCAUGAGCAUGGAUUGUUUAAUUUUUUUUUUUUAAUGUUGGAAAUAUU